GGCCGUCAUAUUUGACGUCCAAUUGUUUAGGCUUCCGUCAUUGACAGUAAGUUUUAGGAACUUUGUCCGUUCCGUUUACCUGAAAAGUUCUUAAAGCAGAGAGUUUUGGUUUUAAUUCCUGCAAUGGGCGAUCGUUACAACAUCCACAGUCAACUAGAGCAUCUCCAAAGUAAAUAUAUUGGAACAGGUCAUGCGGAUACAACGAAGUACGAGUGGUUGACAAAUCAACAUCGCGACUCGCUUGCCAGCUACUUGGGACACUACGAUAUGUUGAAUUUCUUCGCUAUUACGGAAAAUGAAUCAAAAGCGCGAAUUCGUUUCAAUAUAAUGGAGAAAAUGUUGCAACCGUGUGGUCCGCCACCGGAGAAAACAGAGGAAUAAAGUUUGUUUAAUAAUUAAAA